AUGGCGCAAAACGAUCCUGACGAGAGGCUGGUUUACUUGGCCUGUCAGCAUAUUUUCCGCGGCUCGAACUCCCACGUGAGAAAAUUGAAGGCCGUCAAAGGUUUGAUUGAACAAAAUCGCCUUGCCCUCAGCGAUAUUCUGCGGGAGCAUGAUAUCGAUCGCACCAGCACCGUGGCUAAAAAGCUGCUUGAGAACCGGGUGUUCAACUCCACGUUGAGGGCCCGGACUCGAUUUCCCGAGUUGUUUGAUGUGUCGCCUACUCAGAGCGCCGAGAGAGAAGCUUCAGAGGCGGAGGCAGCGAGAGAUGAGGCAAACACGGUGCAGGAGAUUUCCGAAAGGGAGGCCCCAGAGGAGAUUGAAAUUGUCUCUUACGCGGCAUUCAAUGAUGAGCGGACGCCCUCUACCGAUCGAUUCACCUCGACGGCACUCCUAAAGAACAAUCUGGGCACCAUUGCAACGGUUCCGUCGCUAUACCCGGUAUACAUUCAGUAUCGAGGCCAGCAUUUUCUUUUGACUACUAUUCAAGGAUUGCUUGAAGAAAGCUGCUUUAAGUUUGCGCAGCAGCAGUUCCCUCAUGUCCUAGCAACAAAUGGAUGGGAUUGCCCCGAAGCCGGAGAGCUCACCGAAUGGACUAAGAUUCUAGCCCAGCAUCCAGCCGCGAUGGUCAAAGAUCUGAAAAGGCCCCUUCACGAGGUGCUCGGUCUGCUUCGCGAACUGCGCCACUCUGCAGUCCACCGGCUUCGAAAAACCGCGGCCGGGGUCGAGCGACUGGCGGAAAACGCACAGCUUUUCCUGGAGGCCCUCGACGAUCCGGUUCGUUCGGAAAAGGUCGCCUGCAUUCGGCGGGAGUUGCGAUCUUCCACGGAGGAGCUCAAGCGCAACAAAAACCUCUUGGAGGGAAGGUUGCUCGCGCAGCUCAGAGAAAUACAAACCAGGCGGAUUGAAUUAGAAGCGUGGGAAAAAAGCGCCAAGGAAACAAUGAUGAGUGAAAACUUGCAAUGUUCGAAUGAUAUUGCCGAAGGUCUGCAAAGAUGUGUUCAGGCAAUCAGAGCCGACGAGCCGGCGGGAGUGCAGGGAGAGAACACGCUGCUAGAUGAGUACUCGGAUUCAUUGGAUUCGGAAGACGAGGUUCUCGAGCCGGUUGUAGCGGCUCCGCAGUCCCACGGGCUGGUGAACAGUCUCGUGGAAGCGAUUGCCGUUCGUUGGAGAAGCAAUUUCUUCGUCGUUGCUUCCUAG